CUACUCUAGGAGAUGUCUCCAAAGGCUUCCUGAACGCAAACGACCCAACUGAAGUGAACAGCUACUGGGCUCUGAACUUGACCUCCAUGCUCUGCCUCACUGCUGGCAUCCUGAAGGCCUUUCCGGACAGCCCUGGCUUCAAAAGGACUGUGAUUAAUAUAUCAUCCAUCUGUGCCCUGAAGCCCUUUAAGGGCUGGGCGUUGUAUUGUUCUGGAAAGGCUGCUCGUAACAUGAUGUGCCAGGUCCUGGCCUCUGAGGAACCUAGUGUGAGGGUGCUGAGCUAUGCCCCAGGUCCCCUAGACACAGACAUGCAGCAGUUGGCCCGGGAGACCUCUGUGGACCCCCAUUUGCGAAAAAGUCUGCAGGAGCUGAAGUCAAAGGGGGAGCUGGUGGAUUGCAAGACAUCAGCCCAGAAACUGCUGAGCUUGCUCCAAUCAGACACAUUCCAGUCUGGAGCUCAUGUGGACUUCUAUGACAAAUAAACUCAUAUCUUGUCUCCUG